GAGACAUGGAAUCCUUCACACAUGCUGUAAUAAGCCUUCGCUGCACCCGGUGCCUUUCAUGGGGGCCACCUCACAAGUCCUUCCCCGCACGUCUAUAAUGCCUCAUCUGGUCGUAACCCGACGGGACCAAUCAGGCUCUUGGUCCGCAUCUCGAAGGAUCUGAGGUGGUCGCCAGGUGCUGACGGCAGUGCUGCGGGGGAGCAAGUACUGGUACAUGAGGAGGAUUUGGGCUUCCCAUAUCCCGCCAUCGGGGAGCGCCGAGCAUCUUCAUUGCCCUUUUCGUCUGUUCAUGUUGGCCCUGACCUUGCUGACUGCUCCAUAUACACUCAGACUCCAACGCGACGCUGCCAAAUACAACAAGCGCUUUCUCUGGCUCCGUGGCUCGCCCACCUCGCGGGCAAGAUGUUCCAGCAGGCGACAAAGCUAGAGGCCGAGUACAAGCCCCUGGCAGAGGGUGACGGCGAUUCAGACACAAUCGACGAGUGCCAGCCGCAGCGGCACACCACAAGGCAACAUGCUGGUGGGAGAUCGUCAAGAUUGUUCCAUAUCGGAGUCAUAUGCUUGGAGCUCGUCCUGUGCGUCCUUCUAACUGCCGGAUUCAUCGUGCUGGACCAGUCGCGCCGCUCGCUGGGGUCCAGAGUCUCGCUCGACGGCCUCUCGGAUCUCGGAUCGUACAACACGACGAUGAGGUUCGAGAACAACUCCCAUUUACUCGCCGACACGCACCACGCGGACCGAUACUGGAGCGACCUGCUCGAGAGCGCCGGCGUCGUGUCGCUCAACACCGAGUGGGCGCGCCACCAGGGGCUGCGCCCGUCCGCGCAGUCGCCCACGGAUGCGUCCCAGAGCAUCUACCAAGUCGACGUGUUUCACGCACUGCACUGCCUGAACUCGAUCCGCCAGAACCUCAUGUCCAAGACGCCGCCCGCCUGGGACGAGAAGCACGUGCUGCAUUGCCUCGACUACGUUCGGCACCAGCUGCUCUGCCACCCGGACCUCACGCUCGUCUCGACAAAUGACCUAGACGAGUUUGUCCUGGACGAGACGCACACCUGUCGGGACUAUGGGGCCAUGCUGGAGUGGAUUCAUCGGCACCGCUGGAUUGAGUUCCCGGAGUGGCUCCAGGCGAAAGGGCAUAAAGAGACGCACGACCACUGAUGAGAUGCAGCGUCCGCGACUCGUGGGCGUGAGCGAGAUGCUCCAAACAGCUACGCG